AUGCUCAGAAAGCGAUACAGACCUCUUGAUGCGGCAGAAGAGCGCUCCGUAGACGUUGAACACAAGCUACAGAUUGGUUUGCUCUACGAUGAACAGUCGUACUGUUUUAGUUGGCCUGAUGCGCCACUAACGUCAAUGCUGCGGCGCUCGAAUGCGUCCUUGGCGCGUGCCGUCCAUGGAAAUAUAGCGCCAUCGACGCAGCCCACAAUUCCCCAGCCCCCAAUCUUCACGGUGGGUCGUGUUGCAGCUGAGCAUGGGAAAGGUGAGUUAUUUGCCUCUCUCUCGGCUAGUCAUCCGGCCAUCUCAUUUGCACCUGGAAGUGCCUCUUCAGAGCCGCAGGGCAACGGAACACAGCGCUACAAAAGGCCCCCGGGGGCCCCAGUAUCGACCGCUACAGAGGACAGCAUUUUCUCCUUCAAUGCUCACCAACUGCAAGAGCUAAAAGAGGCGGGCGCCUUUGAAUUGUUUCGUAAGGCAUUGCCAAAAACGGCUCCCAACUCGAUCAAUUUUGUCAAUGCAGCGGAAUUGGAAAAUAUGGCUAGGCGAGAAAUGGAAAGCGAGAUGGUGCGUUUGGAAUGGCGAGCGUUUCAAGAGUCUGAGAAAACGGCCCCUGCACUUCAGCGUAUCCUUCUCCUGACAACAGCGGUGCCUUUCAUCGAUGAUGCGAAAAGGAAUGAGAAGGAAACUUCUGCUCAGACGCCUCACGAAUGGAAGCGCAUUGCUUAUGAUUUAUGGGUAAAGUGGAGGCGGGAAACUCCGAUGUUAAGUGAAAGUAUGCUUGCUGAUGCAAAUACAUCGCCGUGGGGUACUCCGCUGUUACCGGGUGCCUUUCUAUCAUCGGCGGCGAAGGAGUAUUUCCUAACCAGCAACAGUGACCACAGCGGCGCCAUCAAGGCGGGUCGGUCCUCGGGACGAAGGGGCGGAGACGGAGCAGGCAGACAAUUGUUUGCCGCCUCACCCCAACGGCGUCGCGGUGCCUAUGGUUAUCUUCGUUGGCGGAUAGACUUGUAUGAACCACGGCUACGUUCCGUCUGCGGUGGGGGACGGGGAGGGAACGGGGAUGGAGGCGCCGCAAGAAUGUUAAGUGCGACCGAGGUGGACAAGCUAAUCGAUGAAAAGCUUCCUGCUGCGUUGGCUGAGGUGAAGUGUGAAGAGCGUGUGGACCCUGUGGAUGCCUUGGCGCUUACCGAUAUUCGCAGCGAGGUAGCGACGUGGAUGCAGUGGCUUGCGCAUGUGUGA